AUGAUAAUAUAUGGUACAAGGAUUUCAUUGUUAGCUGAUUUGAAAUCAAACUAUGUCUUGGAGGUACGGAACGCUUUGGAACCGAAAAGAAGACAACAGAGAAGUAGCGAAGUAAGAAAAAAUGGGCUCCUUCCAUUGGUUAGUGCAUUGAAAGCUGCAGCUGCUCAAAACGUAGCCAGUUUUCACUUCCCUGGCCAUAAUAGAGGACAUGCUGCACCGUCUUCAUUAACACAGCUCAUAGGACUACGUCCAUUUAUUCAUGAUCUAGCUGGGCUUCCAGAGCUUGGCACCCUUUUCUCACCUGAAGGCCCCAUUUUAGAGGCACAAAAGCUAGCUGCUGAACUGUUUGGAUCACAGGAAACAUGGUUCCUUGUUGGUGGUACAACUUGUGGGAUCCAAGCAGCAAUAAUGGCAACUUGCUCUCCUGGAGAACAUUUGAUUCUCCCUCGCAAUUCCCAUAUAUCAACCAUAUCUGCAAUGGUAUUAUCUGGAGCAAUACCCAAGUAUAUCAUACCAGAGUAUAAUUGCCAUUGGGACAUUGCUGGUGGGAUCACUCCGUCACAGGUGAACGUGGCUAUUAAGGAAUUGGAGAAUGAAGGUCAGAAACCAGCUGCAGUUUUUGUCACCUCUCCUACUUAUCACGGCAUAUGCAGCAACUUGAGUGAGAUUUCAAAGCUUUGUCAUUCUAGCGGAAUUCCAUUGAUUGUUGACGAGGCUCAUGGAGCACACUUGGGAUUUCAUUCCCAAAUGCCUCAUUCAGCUUUGCAGCAGGGUGCUGAUCUGGUGGUACAAUCAACUCACAAAGUCCUAUGCUCUUUCAUACAGUCAUCAAUGUUACACAUGUCAGGAAAUCUUGUGGAUAGGGAGAAAAUUUGUAGGUCCCUUCAAACGCUUCAAAGCACAAGCCCCAGUCAUCUACUUUUAGCAUCAUUAGAUGCUGCUAGAGCUCAACUUGAUCAAAACCCAGAAACAAUUUUCAACAGAGCAAUGAAGUUAGCCACUGAAGCAAAAUUUCUCAUUAAAAAGAUUUCAGGUAUUACUUUGCUUGAGCUGCCAAGCUUCCCUGAAUUUCCAGCCAUUGAUCCUCUGCGCCUCACGGUUGGCUUUUGGCAUCUGGGUUUAUCUGGUCGUGAAGCAGAUGGUAUUUUGUAUAGGAAACAUAGAAUUGUACCUGAGCUUGUUGGAAGACAAUCUAUUACAUUUGCAAUUAAUCUUGGAACAUGUAAAGAGCAUGUUCGGAGACUAGUGUCAGGAUUACAGGAGCUAUCAGCAUGUUCCUUACAAAAUGAAACAACAGAAACAAAGGUGAAGGAUGGAGGACAUGAACCUUUUAGAGAUAUUAGCACGAGCUUGAAUCCGAGAGAUGCCUUUUUUGCAAAUAAAAGGAAAGUUAGUAUUGGAGAGAGCCUUGGGAAAGUGUGUGGUGAGCUGAUAUGUCCAUUUCCACCAGGGAUCCCUGUAAUGAUUCCUGGUGAGAUUAUUGGGGAGAGGGCUUUGGAUUAUUUGCUGGAUGCUAGAAGGAAAGGUGCUGUUGUUACUGGUGCUUCUGAUCCUCUACUCUCUUCCAUAAUCAUCUGUGAUGUGUGA